UGGGAGCGGGAGCCCUGCAGAUUCCCGAUUCCUGAAACUGAUUUAUCUGCCCAGAUGGACCAAGGAGAAGAAACAGAUCAUGAGGCCUUGGAGGAGACACAUAUGGGUGGUGAGCUAGGUCCCCUUCCAGACCACCUUGAAAUUACGUAUCAGCAGCACAUGUUGGCAGCAGGGUCCAGAGGAGGAGAGGAGCAGCUGGGGGACAGCCAUGGAACUCAGCGUGGCACCCCAGAGGCACAGCAAGGUGACUGUGAGGAGGAAGAGGAGGCAGAGCUGCCUUGCCCUGAUAUCACCCUGGUGCAAAGGCAGGGGAGAAGGGUGUCAGCAGCCUCACGGCGAGUCCCUCGUGUGGAGAGGCCCACCAUCUGCUCUGAGUGUGGCAAGGGCUUCAGUCGGAGUAUACACCUUAUCCAGCACCAGCGAGUGCACACUGGGGAGCGUCCAUUCCUGUGUGGGGAGUGUGGAAAGGGCUUCAGCCAGAGCUCCCAUCUCAUCCAGCACCAGCGGGUCCACACAGGCCAGAAGCCCUAUACCUGUGCCGAAUGCGGGAAGAGCUUCAGCCAGAGCUCCAACCUCCUCAAGCACCAGCGCAUUCACACCGGGCUCAAACCCUACGUGUGCAGUGAGUGUGGAAAGAUCUUCAGCGACAGUUCCACCUGCAUCAAACACCACCGUAUGCACACGGGCGAGCGGCCCUACAAGUGCCUGGCCUGCGGGAAAAGCUUCAGCCAGCAUUCCCACCUCCUUCAGCACCAGCGAGCCCACGAUGGCAUCCGACCUUAUGCCUGUGGGCAGUGUGGCAAACGUUUUGGGCAGAGCUCUGACCUCAUUAACCAUACUCGUACUCACACUGGCGAGAAGCCUUACAAAUGCAGCCAGUGCGGGCGAGGUUUCAGUGGGAAUUCAAACCUGAUCAAGCACACUCGCAUCCACACUGGAGAACAACCGUACCAUUGCACCCAGUGUGGGCAAAGCUUUCGGUUCCAGCCCCAGCUGGUGCGCCACCAGAAGCGACAUACAGAGUAGGCGGUGGAGAGGAGAAGGCCACGUGGACCAUAGGCAGCUACCUGAUGUAGGGAAGACACACAGCUGCUCCCUGGACACCUCAUACAGGGGUGUGAAUUUUGGGGGAGGAAGCCCUCAGAACCUGUACCCUUCUGGGUAAACCUGUUUGUGAGCACUGCCCAGACACUUGAGCAAUGAGGGAGGCCACUGCUAAAUGAACUGGUGCGUGUUCACUGCAGUGUGGUCGUUGUUCUGAGCCCCUCUUUUGGGGGUGGGGAAAAGAAGGGCACUUACAGUAUGGUAUAUUCAAGGCCGGAGAGGAGAGGAGA